AUGUUCCAAUUUCUAACAACUUCUGAAUUUAUUAUGAAUACUGUAACUUUCGAAUUUUUCUCAACUGGAUUUAUAAAUGGUAUUUAUGUUAUGUUCAUUCAUCGAUCAUUGUGUUCUAUUGGUUUACAUAUUUUGGGUCUCAGCUCAUUUUUAGUUGUUGCACUCGUUCUUUUUAUAGCUAUGAAUAUUUGUGAAUGGGUUGGAGAGGUAAGAUUUUUCGGAAAAUUUAGAAAUUUUAGUUUUCGACAGAAAACAGGUGAUUUUGAAACUGCUGAUUCUGAUAACAAGAAUGAGUUUUUUAGAUCGAAAAAAGUGCGUGGGAAGAAUUUCAGAAAUAAAACCCUAAAAAUAAUUUAUUGUUUCAGGAAUUAUUGGAGCAGAACAUUUGCAAGUUCUAUUCUUAUGAACUACUUCAUGGUGAGUCGAAACCCACAUUAAUUUUUACGAUGGGUUUUGUGAACAGACUAAUUAAUAUUUCAAUAGUUCAUUUUUUUUCAGUUAUUUUGAUCGUUUUGGCUAGUCUUGUUCAUAGCUAUACAAUGUGGAAAAUCGAGAAACAUGCGAUCAAAAGUUUCAUUUUUCAUGUGAUUCUCACUGUAAGUUUUCAACAACAAAAAACAGAACAAAAACUUUUUGCGUUUCAGUUGCUCGUGUACCUUGGUUUUUCGCAAGGUCUAAAAAUUGCCUCCGUGUUUGCUAUUCAUCAGGUCAAUGUAAAAUUUUUGUUACAUUUGGUACCAACUCUCAAUGUCGCGUGGAUUGUAUUAUUCAACUGUCAACAUCCAAAAGAACGCCGUGAAAUGCGCAUUUUUGGAGCAAAGUUGAUGCGAGGUGGAAGAACUGGGCCAGUUCCAAGAAUAUCCGUGGAAGAAUCUGGACAUGUUCAGAGUCAUAUUGCACUAAACUUGAUGCGAAAUCCAUUGAACUCGUUCACCAAAUUACAAAGAAGAUAUGAAGAAAUUUUGGUAAAGUCAAUGGCAAGUGGAGAAAGUUCUUCAGAGUAAGUUGAAAACAAUGGAAACAGGUGAUUUUCUCUAACUUCCUUGUUUGCAAAAAAAUCUAAUUAGUUUUUUUCCUCCUAAACUUUGUCCUCUUCUAAAAAAUUCUUUCAAUAAUUUUCAGCGGUCAAUCCAGUUCAGCUUCUCAAAACAAUAACAACAUCAUCAAUUGUUCUUCUCAAAACAAUGGAUUUUUGGAAAUCCCAAAGGAAACAAAUCCAAGUUUGGAAGCUCCACCACAACCAACACUAUCACCAAGAUCACAAAAUCCCAGAAUUCCAAAAAUGUUGCAAAGAGCUUCACUUGCAAAUAUAACUUUCAGAAAAAAAUUCAAAAAUUGAAAGAAGAGAUUCAAUGGAUGAUUGUGGAUGUAGCCCACCUUCAAUGAGAGAUUUAGAAUAUGAAGAUGAGGGAACAUCAGACACUUAUAGGGAGCCAUUGGAAUUGAAUCCAAUCGAACUAAUGAGAUUUCAUUCUGAACUUGCAUUGAGUGGAUUCAAAAAUCAAGAAAGCUCCAGUGCACCUGCUCACAAAGAAGAAAAAAAUCUUCUUAAAAACACAACAAAUCAAUCAGAAGAAGCAAUGACUUUCAAUCCUCUAGAAUUACUCAGAGAAUUUGAUACUGAUAUAAAACGACCUUCAGAAUCACCUGAACAUUCCAAAACUUUGGAAAACUCAAAUAAUAUUCCAAUCCUUCCCAAUCAAAUAUUCAAACAUGUUAUUGUCGAAACACUACAACCAAAACACGAAAAACUAUCUUGCCAUAUUGCUCGAGUACUCUCAAAAGAAUUAUCGCAAACUAAAUUUUAG